GUCCGACUUAUCUGACAGCGGUUUAUCGGUAUCACGAUCCCGAUCGUGAAUCAAUCGCGAUAUUGAGCGUGCCGGUGAUUUUCUUCAUUAAAAGUAAAAUAAAAUUGCGUUUUCACGUCAUGUCGACAUCCGGAGUCCCACCUAAAACAUGGCAACCUGCAAAUGUUACCCUGGAAACCACGAUGGGUCAGGUUGUUCUGGAGCUGUACUGGAAGCAUGCCCCCAACACUUGUCGUAACUUUGCUGAAUUGGCGAGAAGAGGUUACUAUAAUAACAUAAAGUUCCAUAGGAUCAUUAAAGACUUCAUGAUUCAGGGAGGGGAUCCAACAGGCACUGGAAGAGGAGGGGCUUCCAUAUAUGGAAAGGAGUUUGAUGAUGAGAUUUCCAAUGAACUGAAACACACAGGGGCUGGAAUUUUGUCUAUGGCUAACAGUGGACCAGACACAAAUGGAAGCCAGUUCUUUAUUACGCUGGCCCCGACACAGUGGCUGGAUGGCAAACACACCAUCUUCGGGCGGAUCAGUGGUGGAAUGAACGUCAUUCAGAGAAUAGGGCUAGUGGAAUGUGACACAGAUGAUCGACCUGUGGAUGAAGUUAAAAUUGUGCAGGCGUACAUCACGCCAUCUUGAUUCCUUUUACGUUAUUGACUACGAAGAAUUCUGUUGAAUUUCACGAGAGAAGUGUAAUGGAUGAGUAUUUGUACGUUGCAUGGGAAUUUUUGUCGGGACUGAAUACACAGGCAGCUAAUUGAUAACUGAACAUUGCUUGGCGUUUGUCGUCAAGUCCAGAAAAAAAAAACCUUGGAUGUAAUAAGUCACCUUGUUGCACCUCACUUUGAAUCACGACAAGAAAAAUGACGUCGUCCUUCAUUUAAACUUGUGACACGAUCAGUAACCUGGUGUAAAUGGAUAUGAUUCUAAUUGAACAAGGAGUUGACUCUCUAUUUCUUGUAAAAAUUUCCAUCAUAAUAUUCUCAUAUUUUUGUACAUGUACAUUUGUUAGGGAAUGUUUGGCCGAUCAGUUUUUUGAAACUCGCCAUCUUUUGUUUUACAUACGAUGCAUGUACCAUGUGUAAUAUUGAAACAUUUGUUUCUCAAAUAAAAUAUUUCAUUCCACAAA